UGUUUGGCUGGAGAGCACCGCAUCUCACUUUGUUGUUUUCAUCUGAACAGUGAGAGGUGUUUCACGAACGUGGCUCAUUGACUUUCACGUGUGAUCAAUAACUUUGGAUUUUGUGGUUCCAUCGAGGAGGGAGGAAGAUUAUAACUUGGAUAUACGAUAGCAUAUCGAAUCUCCCAAGGUUUGCAAAACCCCAAACUGGCCACAGGCCGAAGCUAUCACACAGUGCGCGCGCGUACAACACGGGGUAAAUUGAAAUUUCAGAAAUCUUGUGCGGACAGGAGAGAAAGUGAAACCAUCGGCUGUGUAUAUCCAGUUGGCCUGCCGGGAUGAGCUGACGGCUCCCUGGAAGUGUUGCAUGUGCCACCUCUGGGUACCCUUAGCCUCGGUCAUGGCGCAAUGAGGUGGAGAGUGUCUUUCAAGAAAGUCGCCUACACUGUUCUUGGGCUCUAUUUUCUUGUGUCCUGCUACACUGGUUAUCUGCUCAUCAAAAGGCGCUUGACCAAAGAGAAAUUGGAAUUUGCCAGAAUUCGUAACUUAGCAGAUUUUCAAGACGAUGACCAUGAGUGGAAUCCCUGGGGUGAGGCUUUCGAAAAUGAUGACCAGCCACAGAAGUUUGAGCAGCCUCAGUUUGUCUUGGGUAGAGAGCGCCCCUUGGGGAACAUGAGAGGCCACCAGGGAGGUUUUCCAAACCUUAAUAGGUCACAAGAGUUUGAAGUGGAAAUCUGGGGGAAAGCUGCCAUUGGACUUUAUCUUUGGGAGCAUAUUUUGAAUGGAGAGCUUGAAACCAAAUUAGGAGGAGCAUGGAGUUAUGGGUUCAAGAGAGUUGGAAAUCUGAAACUGAGGUUUCGAACAGGUCCAGGUGUCAUUCCAAGCAAGGUUCCAAAGACAGUGGAAAACUUAAUUUUGGUGCUAAAUGGACGAGAGCCUUCCAAAAUAGAUUUUGCCAAACUUUGGUUAGAUCAUCUGCCAACAUUCCGCCAGUUAAGGAAUGUUGCUGUCUUUCUUCUAGGCAAUGAACAGUGUGAUAAUGAGUGGAUCAAACCCUACAUGGAAUUCAUGGGUGGAAUUGUCAAAUUUGUGUAUUUGGUGUAUGACAGUCCAGAUAUUGAUGAUGUAAAUUUUUACCAAUGGCCACUUGGUGUAGCCACAUACAGGGAUUUUCCAAAGGUGGACAGUGCUCAUCUACCUAUAGAAAUUCAUAGGAAGUACAGCUGUAAUUUUCUAGGAACAAUAUAUAGAAAUUCCUCUAGGGAGAAGCUUGUCGAGACCUUGAAGGAGGGGCAGUACCAGGAUAUGUGCUAUGUGAGGGCACGAUAUGAGUGGUUGCCGAAGGAGUCGGCGGAUAGCCGUGAUGACUACCUCAGGGCCCUGGCUCAAAGUGAUAUGACCCUUAGUCCCGUAGGACAGAAUACAGAGUGUUACCGAAUCUACGAGGCCAUGUCCUACGGUUCUAUCCCAGUUGUGGAAGAUGCCAUGACACCAGGACAAUGUGGGGCUUCCAAAUCCUCUGCCAAUUUUCCUCUAAGGCUCCUAAAACAAUACAAGGCACCUGUGAUUUAUGUUAAAAAUUGGAGCGAACUUGCCGGCCUCUUGAAAAAUGAGCGCCAGCUUACUCAGCAGCAAAAGGCUGCUCGUCGGCGUGAAAUUAUUCGAUGGUAUGAAAAUUUUAAGUCACAAAUGAGGGACAAAUUUGCGUGGACAGUGUUGGAACGUUUCUUUAAGGUUAAGCGGUAGCACAGGGUACCUAUAGGAUGAUGUACAUGAAAGACAUGUAUAUGUAGUACUUGGCAUGAAAGGUGAGUAAAAGUGUGAAAGAAAGUGUCAGAUUACAUUGGAUUUCACCACUUACCACCAUGUUAUCAUUGUUCAAGUUAUAAACUGCCCUUCCAUGAUGAAAAAAAAAAAGUAAAUGAUUUACAGGAUUUGAAGACUAUAUUAUCUGACCAGAAAGAAAUACAUCUAAGCUUUGGGAUUCCUAGUUGUUUAAAGUAUAAGAUCAUUUUGACCUUAUAUGAAUUUUGUUGACAUUAACACGAUAAAGAAUCACUGUAUUUUCUAGAUUAGAACACCUAUGUAAAAGAAGUUGAAGACAGAUUAAGUUACAUAUUAUCAUGAUUCUGAUCUGAGUACAUGUGCAAGAGCAUUUCGGCUCUAUAUGGUAAGACUCUAUAGGCUUUGGACAUAGACUUUGUGUCAACAUAUACAUAGUUUCAAGCGUUACCAUGAUCCAGAUAUUGCCAGUAUCAUCAGCAUUUCACGUCAAAAUUGGAAAAUGUUGCAAUAUGUUGGUUUGGAGAUUAUGGAACUUCAGAAACUUGCGAAGGAAUAUACAUGUACAUGUUUGAUUUGGUUUAUAGGUGUUUAACACCAUGCAUAAUAUUUUGCAUAUAUGACUGUAGUCAGUUUAUUAGGAGAGGAAUAUAGACAUGUCUAAUCAGUUUAUCACAUUCAGAU